AUGUCUACUAUCGCGAACCUCCCGCUGGAAUUGAUUGCGGCUGUAUUACAGAAGCUCGAUAAUGUCCAUUCUCUUCUAUCAUCUCUCCUCACAUGUCGGGCUUUCUACAGCUCAUUCCAAGAAUAUCCCAGCCUUAUUAGAGCGGAAGUUUUCCGUCGACAGCUGACUCCAGCACUCAUCCCAUAUUCAGUUGCCGUAAUGGAAGCAUCCCGUAUCCCACGUCCACACAGCGACGCCUCGAUCCAAGCACUUCUCGCAACUCUCUACGAUGAACCUGAAGAAUUGACGGCCCCUGCACGCUUCAAUCAAAUACCAGAACCAUACUUACUCGAAAUGAUACGCACUCAGGUCAUAAUCGAGCGGUUUGUGAACGACUAUGCAACUGAGGCCUGGUCACUCCUCGAGAAAGAAGAUCCCAAUCUUCCUAGCAAUGUUAUGCUAUCCGAAGCGGAACACACCCGCUUCUGUCGCGCCUUCUACCGCCUGGAGCUGUUUUCUACGCUGUUUCCCUCAUCCAUCAACGGUGCUGAUUCCUAUCGCAAAGGAACGAAUUGGUUUAUGUCAAGAUACUCGCCUUGGGAAAGCGAGCAGAUCACGAGUAUCUAUUAUUUCUUGAAGGAAAAAGUAAUCGAAGCCUCCGUUGACACCAUAGCUCAUGAUAUUGAACUGGGCGAGUACAUGACUAGUUAUCUAGACUUUGAUUGGGAUCAUUAUACAUUAAACAGAUGGAUCGCACAAGGUGUCAAAUUCAUCUCGCAGCUCAUCUCAGCCGACUCGUUCGAAGCCAAACGCACAUUACUAACGCGACAUGAACACUUUCCCCACGACAACGCCCAGUUCCUCGACGUAAUCGAAGCCUUUGGACGUCGGGACAACAUAGAUACCUCGCCUACACUUGACGCUCUGACCGAAGAACAAGUACUGGCCUCAGUCCCACCCAGCAUUUUAGACCACGAUCACGGCCCCUUCGCAGCAUGGCAUCUCAUCCAUGUCCCACUUAGAAUACAUGCUAACAUUGCCUUCAACUACCUCGAAACCACGCGCCAUCGCGACCGCGCCUAUGUAUUUUGGAGUCUCGAACGCUUGGUAAGACAUAACAUGCUUGCCAGAUUCGGCGAAUUGCCGCAGACUGAUGUGGAGAAACAUACGUAUACGGAUGAAGAGUAUGAGGAGAUGCGAGAGUCGUGGGAUAUUCGGUCGUGGUUGUUUCUGAGAGGGAUCCACGGGUAUUGGGAGAAGGGCGAUGAGAAUGAGAUGGCGGAGCGGAGGAGACAGCAUGAUCGGGAUGCUAGAAUGGUCUAA